GAGCAUAACAGCUGGAAAGCCGAAGGCGACAGCCAGCUAACCAGAAACGGGAGAAACUGAAAGAAAACGGAUGGAGCGAUAGCAAACGCAGUGAAUUUAAUAGAUAAUUAGAUAAUAAUUAAACAGUUGUCGCUGUCGAAUAAAUAACCGAAAAAACCAACAGCAACCAUAAGAAAAUGCAUAGGCGUUUGGUGCAUAAAACAAUGUGGAGACGUAUCGAAGCGUAAAAAUCAAAGGCGGCGCCAGCCACACGAACAACACAACAAUAAAAACGGAGAAAUCAUAAUAAAAGAUAGACAGCAGACAGCUGCAGCUGGAGCUAUUGGUGGAUCGCCGCAACUCCGGAUUAUUGUUCUAUUGAUGUGUGCCUUGGCCAGGGGAGCAGCAAUACAGUCAAAUAGCAAUAGUUAUAAUAACAAUAUUAGCAAUAAUAUCAACGUCAACCACUGCAACAACAAAUAGCAACAACAAUCACCGCUUCAGCCUUAGCGUAUACAACGAGCGCACCGUGUCCUCAGUGUUAUAGAAAUCCACAUCUAAAACAACAACAACAACAACAACAAAAGAAUAACAAUGUCAUCUCCCAGCGCUGGUAAACGACGCAUGGACAAUGACGUCAUCAAACUAAUCGAAUCCAAACACGAGGUCACGAUCCUUGGCGGCCUUAACGAAUUCCAUGUGAAGUUCUUUGGCCCAACUGGCACACCCUACGAGGGCGGCGUUUGGAAGGUGCGCGUCUAUCUGCCCGACAACUAUCCAUUCAAAUCACCAAGUAUUGGAUUUGUCAAUAAGAUCUAUCAUCCCAAUAUUGACGAAUCAUCGGGCACCGUUUGCCUGGAUGUGAUCAAUCAAGCCUGGACGGCAUUGUACGAUCUAUCGAAUAUAUUUGAAUCGUUCUUGCCACAACUGCUCACAUAUCCAAAUCCAGUCGAUCCAUUGAAUCGAGAUGCGGCCGCCCUCUAUCUGCACGAGCCCGAGGAAUAUCAUCGCAAGGUCGCCGACUAUGUGCAGCGGUAUGCGACCGAGGAUGCGCUGCGAGCGGCGCAACAGGAGCGCGAGAGCAGCGACAGCGAGUCGAGCAUGUCCGACUACAGUGAGGACGAGGCCCGUGAUAUGGAAUUAUAAUAUCGGUUUAAAUAUAUUAUCGAAACAACUAAAACAAUAGUAGCAGCAGCUCUACUAGCUGCUGUCUAAAAAACAAAAAAGAAAAAAAACAAUGCCUCGAUUUGAACUAGAUCAGAUCGCCACGAUAUACAAAAAACAAAAAAUACAAUUGAACAACACACACAAACACACACAUACACAUAUAUGUAUCAAUCUCUAGAUAUAUAUAUAUACACAUAACAAAUGAACGUGAUUCGAUGGACAUACUUAUAAAUAUGAUAUAUAUAUGAUCUAAAACCUUAUAUAUGUAUAUUAAUGUGUAAGCAAGAAAAAGUUUGAAACAAUUCUUAGUAAUAUAGCAAUUAUAUAGUAGCUGACAAAUCGAGUAUAAAAACAAAAAAAAAAAAAACAAAAAACAAGAGAGAAGGGCAGACCGAAAGCAAGAGACGAUAAUAAUUUUGGAUGGACAAGAGUUACCGAUUGCAUUGCAAAUCCAAUAAACAUAACUUAGAGAA